CUGGAGUUAUAGGUUAGGUCGUGGAGUGGACUCAAUCGUUAGGUCUUCGCUAAGACUUUUGUUAACUACAGCAUAGUAGUUCGAAGGCAUUUUGUGUGCGAACGUACAAGAGAAAUAAAUGUGAUGACUGCUGUACUUUAAAAGUUUUUUUUACCAUUUCCCUGAUUGGAUGUGAUAUGUUACAAGUGUUUUCCGGCUAGUAAUCACAUACAAACUGUGAACGUUCAAAACACAUGGAGCUCUUAUAAUGAUCAAGCGGACCACCUACCGUUUAGCCCGGGGGGCGGGGAGCCGUAGUGACCACCAUGGAGCCGCCACCGUCCCUCCCCCAGUCUCUGGCCCCACACCUACCCCCGCUUGGCCCACCCCUCUCCUCCACGCUAAUUGAUCUCAACCAGCGGAUCAACAUGACCGGCACAAGUCUAGCUGAGACCCUGUUGGUGUUGAGUAGUAUGUACAUUUCUCUGGUCCAGCCCAACCACGGCCCGACUAAGGUCAACCUCCACGCCAUCUUCCCAGGUACAGAACGAUCCUACGGCAGUAAAUUUAAUGUCACAUUCCGGAUACACAUGGAGCAUUGGCCUAACAACCAAACAAUGUUGAAUGUAUUUAACCUGAGUGUGAGUGAACACAACUCAGGCACAUACCCACCCAGGGAGAUUCUCAACAUGCUGUGUACGAAACUUUUCCCAAAGAACACCAUCGCAGUUUACUUUGUAAACAAUCACUACACCCUCAGCUCGUAUAGAUCUGAUACAGUGCACUACCUCCCGAAGAUUAUCGAAUCUUUAGGAAUUCCCAUCAUUUCUUACGACACACAGUUUUCAUUAAGCAAUCGGCUGGCCUUGUCCGUACAACUAGCCCCCACAAUGGAGCAAAUGAUUGACGUCAUGUUCGCCUUCCUCAAGUACUACAACUGGCGCGACUUCUCCUUCCUGUGUACGCUCUCUGUCGGCUGCCAGGAUGAGAUAGCUUACAUACGUCACAAGGUCGAUCAGUCCCAGGCUCAGACUAACAUCAGCAUCUUCGGCACCGAGUCUUUCACGUUUAACCUCCAGUCCUAUGUUAACUUCACCAACGGCCUUGACAUUGAGGAGGCGAGGGAGAAGCUCAGAUACGAACUGGAUAAGGACACCAGGAUCAUUUUUGUACACGGCAAGAGCCCGGAGAUAAGGACCAUCAUGGAGAUGGCCGCUGAGCUGGGGCUGACUAACGAAGAAUAUGUCUGGAUCUUCAGUCAAGGGUCCGUGGACAGAGCGAAGAAAGGAGCGACUGGUUACAGGUCCUUUCCUGAAGGGUCUUUUGUGAUCGUCUCUCCCAGCGACGGGGCAGCUGUAGAAGAGGUGACUAGGAAGGUGGUCAACAUCUGGCUCACGGCCAUCGAGUCUAUGGCCAGGUCACCGGACACAGAACACGUCGACUUCAACACCCACUUCUCGUGUCAGCGGAACGACUACAACAACAACGGCAGCCGUCCGCUGUACUGGAAGUACGGUCAGUUUGUGUACCAGCAUAUCCUGAAAGCCAAAAUCCCAGACGAGAACUUAGAGUUUGACCAGAACGGAGUUCUCAAAAUCAACAAGUUCCAGAUUCUCAAUGUUCAAUUGCCGUCAGCAACACAGGGCAGUUCAAACACUGCAAACAGGCCGGCCUUCAACUUCAACAGAGAGUCCAACACAGCGCCCCGACAACCCCCCAGCUUGAACAGGAACCCCCCAUUGUCGCCCCCCUUCAGACGCCCAGACAGCGCCCGUGAGGCGUCCACCCCUCCCACAUUCAGACGGGAUUUCUCAAGGCCUCCAUGGCCAGGGGCUAAGACUAACCCCAAACCCGCAUACGAAUUUCAGAGACCCGUGUUUAGACCCGACAAGUCGACUGACCCGGAAACUUCGGCUGGCAACCCGCCCUACCGACGUCAUGUGAGGACUGACGUCACACACUCAGACGUCAACCACUCUGACGUCCCGACAGACGGCAGCAAACACUCGAGAAAACGGGGACGUCUGGAUGACGUCAGACCGGAAACAGAUGAGCUCAUCCAGUUUCAUCCAAUCAACGUCACAUCCGGCGCGGCUUCAAACAGAAAGAAGCGGAGUAAACCAUUGCCGCCCCUGAAAACUCUUGUGGAGGUGGCUGCCUGGAACGGCUACAAUUUAUCUGUGUCUGGUAUCGUCUGGCCCGGGGGUGCGGCCAGCCCUCCCAAGGGCAAGCCGGACAAGUACAUCCUGAAGGUGGUCACGUGGGCCGAGGACCCCCACGUGAUUUACACGGAACCCAAAAACGAAACAAUCGUGGAAGGCGACCCCUGCACCCUGGUGUCCAACUCUAUCCCGUGUACGGUCUACGUGCGGGAUUCUAAUUUACGGAGGGAGGGCAACUUGACUCGUGUCGUGUGCUGUACUGGGUUAUCUAUCGACCUCCUCAAGCGUCUCAGUGACAUGCUGCACUUUGAGGUAGAGCUGACGGAGGUGGCGGAUGGCAACUACGGCAGUCCUAGAGAUUUCAAACAGAAUCAAAGUGAUUGGACAGGAAUGAUUGGAAUGUUGAUUGAAGAACGAGCCGACAUGGCCAUAGGAGCCCUGUCCAUCACAGAAGAGCGAGCCCGGGUCGUUGACUUCUCGACGCCCUUCCUUCAGACUGGCAUUACAAUCAUUGUAGCCAUCAGAGAGGGCGCCAUAUCCCCAACCGCUUUCCUAGGUAUUUUUAGCUAUUCAUAUAUAUAUAUAUAUAUAUAUAUAUAUAUAUAUAUAUAUAUAUAUAUAUUUGAAUAUUUGCUGAAUACAACACUGACACCUUCAUCCCUCCCACUUUUGACAGAGCCCUACGAUUACCCUUCCUGGAGCCUAAUUCUUGUCUUUAGCGUGCACGCUACUGGGGCGUCUAUUUUUAUCUUUGAGUGGCUGAGUCCUUAUGGCCUGGAUCAGGGGAAGACGUCACUCAGUGUGCACAAGUUCUCCCUGUUCCGCUCCUUCUGGCUCAUCUGGGCCAUGCUGUUCGGUGCCAGCGUCUCCACGGACCAGCCCCGGGGGUGCGCCAGUCGCUUCCUGGCCAACAUCUGGGCGCUGUUCGCUGUCGUCUUCUGCGCCUCCUACACGGCCAACCUGGCAGCCUUCAUGAUCACCAAGGACGACUACUACGAUCUCAGUGGCAUUCAGGACUGGAGGUUGAAAAACCCCGACCACCACCACCCACCUUUCAAGUUCGCCACCAUCGCCAACUCUGCCACCGACUUCAACAUAGAGACCAACUACAAGGAGAUCCACAAGAACAUCAAGAAGAACCCUCAGACUAGCGUCAAGGAUGCUAUAAGGGCUCUCAAGAAUCAGCAGAUCCAAGCAUUUAUCUACGACUCUACCACGCUGGAGUAUGAGUUUGGUAAAGACGUGGGCUGUAAGCUCAAGACGGUGGGGAAGAGAAUUGCUGAGACGGGCUAUGGGGUGGCCUUCCCACGUAGGUCUCAGUGGGUCAAACGUGUGGACAAGGCCCUGCUCAAGUUACUGGAGGAUGGGGAAGUAGAGCGGCUCCAGAAGUUUUGGCUUGCAGGAGCCUGCCACAAGAAAAAAGAGCGCGGGGUGUCCAGCCACACCCUGGGCAUUCUAAACUUCACGUCUGCUUUCAUCCUCCUAGGGAGCGGGGUCAUACUGGGCGUGCUGCUGUUGCUGCUGGAACAUAUCUACUUCCGGUUUGGGAGAAAGUCUCUAAGAAAAUGGGACAAAUGUGGCUGCUGUUCCUUAGUCAGUCUGAGCAUGGGUCAGUCCUUGACCUUUGAGCAGUCUGUGAUCGAGGCCCUGGACUUCCACAAGCACCACAAGUGUAAGGACCCUCUGUGUGAGACCCAGCUCUGGAAGGUCAAGCACGAGCUGGACCUGGCCCUGCUCAAGAUAUCACAGCUCAGGCGGCUCAUCGCCCACUCGACGUACCACGAGGCAGCGAGGGGUCAGGACACGCCCCUCAAGCAGGCCACGCCCGAGACGGCCAACCACAACGGCAGCGCCUACAGGAGGAGGCGACAGCAGCCGGGGGACGCCACGGGCUCCGGCACAGACAGGGGGGCGACCCAGUCCCUCCUUGCCCUGGAGGGGCGACACGACACGGACGACGACGACUCGCCCGUGACCUCCCCCCAGAGAAAGGUCGCUCCUGUACCUCCCGUACGUACGUCAUUUCCGUCUUCAAAGAGCCAAUCCAACGAUGCGGGUAUUCCUCUUCAGGCGAUGAGAUAUUCAAAGCCCCAGAAGAAAGCCGGUGACGUCAAGGACCAUGUCUACGAGAACAAACUGUCUCUAGCGCGGCUGGAUUCCUCAGCAGACGACAGCGGCCACGCCAGAGUGGCAGAGCUGGAGCUCCACCCGCCUCCCCCCACGUUUGACGAGGCCAUGUCGGGUUACCCCCUGACCCCUGACCGUGAACUGUCUUCCCCAUCCCCUCCGCUCCCUCCUCCCCCCGUGUCCCCAAACGCCGCGGGGGAGCCGCACCCCGGGCUGAGCCCCCACCCCUCAUCUGACGCCAGCGUGUCUCCGUCCUCCUCAGGUGACAAGCGCUACGAGCCGUUCAUCCUGGACAGCCCGGAGUCGCCGACGUCAUCAUCCUUCUCCGAGACGUCCGCCGGCAACCGGCUUCCGUCGCCGGGAGACUUGUCUAAACUCUCGGACGACGGCCUGUCCACGCCUGCCUCGCCCGGCCGGGACUCGAACUUCACCUCCAGCCCUGACAUCCGGCGCCCCGCGGGGGGUCAGGUGGCCCCGGGGACGUACAGCAAGGCCCAGCCAAUUCUACCAGUGUCUUCCAAACCUCUGGGACGGGCGAGGCCAGACUUGGCACCGUCAAAAGAGGACGACAACGACGUGAGGAGAGCUGACGACGGCAAUGUGUAUGUGAACAUCGACGACAUUGUUGGCAAGGAAACAACGUUUUAAUAAGCAUUAGAGGGAAACUCGGCCUUUCAACUAAUUUAUAUUCAAACCUACCCGUGCAUUUAUUUCCAUAUUCCAUAUGGCUCAAGAGAAGGUUUGUCUUGGAAACGACCAUGUCGAUUUUUUAAUUAAGUGAAUUUUCUUCUGUUCGAGUGCUAUUGUGUUAUAAAUUAUUUUUUCCCAUAAAACAUUUAUGUAAAGGGAAACUACCCUACUUUUAAAAUAAGAAACAGAGUUGUGCCAGAAAAUCAUUCGCCAUUUUAGUUAAAAUAAUUUUAAACUUGGAUGUGGGCUCAGAUUAUGUAGCCGGCGUACUUUGUAACCUUCUCGGUCUGAUUUUAAUGUUGCAAUAUGUAAACAACUAUUCAUUUUGGUUGUGUUUGAAUGUAACGAUGGGCAAUGUUUUUAUUCAUAUCUAGAUUUAUUUGAAAAGCGACUUUUAUAUCCUAGCCAAACAAUAAAAUAAUCCUACAAAACAAAUGUCAAUUUUUCUUAUUAAGGCAAUUCAUCUUUUCCUUACGCUGUCCUGAUGUCCUAAACUAAUGACCCCCUGUUUUUAGUGUACUCACACCCACGUUGUGAUAUUGAUAAAGGUUUCGCAGCUCAUACAGCCUUGACCUCAGAUAUAGCUCAUCACCGA